AUUACUAGAGCUGCACAGCCCUUUCCUUCCGGAUACCUCUAGUUACCUAGAAGAGUGGGUUCGUGUGGAACCAAACGUUAUAAAAAAUCGAACAACUCUUCUUUUAAGUUAUCCGACUGCUAUUAUGAAUGCAAAAGUAGCGCAUACCCUGUGAAAUAUUUCUUAAACGUCGCUAUCGGCGCGAUCUACACUCCUUAGAUCUAGCUGUGCGCCUGCCCACCGGGCGCAGGCUGACGCUUUAAACAGGGGUGGCGUACUCCCGUCUCGCUGUAGCAGUCCCUCAGAAGAUGGCGGCGUGUAGACGUGUUCAUCUUAUCUUACUGUUGAUGUCUUUCACGGCGUGUUUAUUCUCCACGGCGGAUCAACGGCAGCAGAACGGCAACGGGAACAGCCGCGGGAUUCUGCAGCCGCCGGUCGGCGGGAACCUGCCGGGGGUCUCGCAGUCCCGCCGGGCCGCCGGCUGGAAACUGGCUGAGGAGGAGGCCUGUCGAGAAGACAUGGCCCGGCUCUGUUCGAGAAACACCUGGAACAACAACCUGGCCGUCUUGGAGUGCCUGCAGGACAGGAAAGAUGAAUCGGAGAUCAGCGCUGCCUGCAACCAUCUUCUCUGGAACUACAAGCUGAAUCUGACAACAGACCCCAAGUUUGAGUCUGUGGCUGUGGAAGUAUGCAAGACCACCAUCCCUGAGAUCAAGGAAUGUGCAGAGGAGCCACGUGGGAAAGGCUACCUGGUGUCCUGCCUGGUGGAUCAUCGCAGCAACAUCUCGGAGUAUCAGUGCCACCAAUACAUCACCAAGAUGACCAGCAUAAUCUACAGCGACUACCGGCUGAUCUGCGGCUUUAUGGACAAGUGUCGCGAGGACAUCAAUGCCCUGCACUGUGGCAGCAUCAACACCGGGGAGAAGGAUCUCCACUCGCAAGGUGAGGUGAUCGCAUGCCUGGAGAAGGGCCUGGUCAGUGAGGUGGAGGAACCAAGCCAGCGACACCUCGUGAAGGACGACUGCAAGAAGGCCAUCUUGCGUGUGGCAGAGCUCUCCUCUGACGACUUCCACCUGGACCGCUACCUCUACUUCUCCUGCCGUGACGACCGUGAGCGCUUCUGCGACAACACCCUAGCUGGAGAAGGCAGGGUCUACAAAUGUCUCUUCAACCACAAGUUUGAGGAGGCCAUGACUGAAAAGUGCAGGGAUGCUCUCACCACCAGGCAGAAGCUCAUUGUCCAAGACUACAAGGUCAGCUACUCUCUGGCCAAGGCCUGCAAGUCAGACCUACGCAAGUACCGCUGCAAUGCAGACGCAAACCUGCCACGAGCCCGCGAAGCCCGUCUCUCCUACCUGCUUCUGUGUCUGGAGUCCGCCGUGCAUAGAGGCCGCGUCGUGAGCGGCGAGUGCCAGGGUGAGAUGAUGGACUACCGCCGCAUGCUAAUGGAGGACUUCUCCCUAAGCCCCGAGAUCGUGCUCCAUUGCCGCAGUGAGAUCGAGACCCAAUGCUCUGGCCUGCACCGCAAGGGACGCACCCUGCACUGCCUGAUGCGGGUGGGCCGUGGCGACAAGGGCGUCGUGGAGGAAAUGUGCCAGCGUUCGCUUCAGAACCUGAUUCAGGAAGCAGACCCUGGGGCAGACUACCGUAUCGAUAGGGCCCUGAAUGAGGCCUGCGAGUCUGUCAUCCAGACAGCCUGCAAGCACAUCCGCAGCGGAGAUCCGAUGAUUCUCUCUUGUCUGAUGGAGCACCUCUACACUGAGAAGAUGGUGGAGGACUGUGAGCACAGGCUGUUGGAGCUCCAGUACUUUAUCUCACGUGAUUGGAAACUGGACCCCAUCCUGUACCGGAAGUGCCAGGGAGAUGCCGCUCGUCUGUGUCACACGCACGGCUGGAAUGAGACCAGCGAGGCCAUGCCGCCGGGGGCAGUCUUCUCCUGCCUAUACCGCCAUGCCUACCGCACGGAGGAACAAGGCAGACGGCCGGAUUCAGAGGCUUCCAAGUCUACCUUACUGUCCCGUGACUGCAAAGUGGAGGUGCAGAGGAUCCUGCACCAGAGGGCCCUCGAUGUCAAGCUGGACCCUGAACUACAGAAGCGCUGCAUGACCGAUCUGGGAAAAUGGUGCAGUGAGAAGACCGAGGCAGGGCAGGAGCUCGAGUGCCUUCAGGACCACCUUGAGGAGCUGGGCACGGACUGCAGAGACAUUGUGGGCAACCUGACAGAGCUGGAAUCAGAGGACAUCCAGAUUGAAGCCCUGCUUAUCCGAGCUUGUGAGCCUGUCAUCCAGUCCCAUUGCCAUGAGGUGGCUGACAACCAGAUUGACUCGGGUGACCUGAUGGAAUGCCUGGUGCUGAACAAGCACCAGAAGGAGAUGAAUGAGAAGUGCGCAGUGGGGGUCACUCACUUCCAGCUGCUACAAAUGAAGGACUUCCGCUUCUCCUACAAGUUCAAGAUGGCCUGCAAGGAGGAUGUGCUCAAGCUGUGUCCCAAUAUUAAGAAGAAGAUUGACGUAGUCAUCUGCUUGAGCACCACAGUGCGCAACGAUACUCUGCAGGAUGCCAAGGAGCAUCGUGUUGCCCUUAAGUGCCGUAAACAGCUGCGUGUAGAGGAGCUGGAGAUGUCGGAGGACAUCCGCCUGGAGCCAGAGUUGUAUGAAUCUUGCAAGCAGGACAUCUCAAGACUAUGCCCAAAUGUCGCCUUUGGCAACGCCCAGGUGAUUGAGUGCUUGAAGGAGAACAAGAAGCAGUUAACAUCGAUUUGCCACCAGAAGGUCUUCAAGCUGCAGGAGGUGGAGAUGAUGGACCCCGAGCGUGAUUACCAGCUCAUGAGAGUGUGCAAGCAGAUGAUCAAGCGAUUUUGUCCAGACUCUGAUGCCAAGAGCAUGCUUCAGUGCUUGAAGCAGAAUAAGAACAGCGAGCUCAUGGAUCCCAAGUGCAAGCAGAUGAUCACCAAACGACAGAUCACCCAGAACACGGACUUCAGACUGAACCCUGUGCUGCGCAAGGCAUGCAAGGCAGACAUCCCCAAAUUCUGCCAGUCCGUCCUGAACAAGGCCACUGAUGAUAGUGAGCUGGAGGGCCAAGUCAUCUCAUGCCUCAAACUCAAGUAUGCCGACCAGCGACUCUCUCCUGAUUGUGAGGACCAGAUCAGAGUCAUUCUGCAAGAGUCUGCCCUGGACUACAGGCUGGACCCACAACUGCAGAUGCACUGUACGGAUGAGAUCUCCCGGCUGUGUGCAGAGGAGGCAGCGGCCCAGGAGCAGACAGGACAGGUGGAGGAGUGUCUGAAGAUUAACCUGCUCAAGAUCAAACACGACCCCUGUAAGAAGGAGGUGCUGAACAUACUGAAGGAGAGCAAGGCAGAUAUCUUUGUGGACCCUGUCCUCCACACAGCCUGCGCCCUGGACAUCAAGCAUCACUGUGCUGCCAUCCCUCCAGGCCGAGGGCGCCAGAUGUCCUGUCUAAUGGAGGCCCUGGGAGAUAAAAGGGUUCGUUUGCAGCCCGAGUGCAAGAAGAGGCUCCAGGACCGAAUCGACAUGUGGAGCUACGCAGCCAAGGUGGCCCCCGCUGAGGGAUUCUCAGACCUGGCCGCACAGGUCCUCCUCUCGCCUUCUAAGAACUACAUCCUCGUUAUGAUGGCUCUGGCCGUGUGCCUGCUGUUCCUCGUGGGUCUGCUGUGCGGCCGCAUCACCAAACGUGUCACGCGUGAGCUGAAAGACAGGUAGAGGGAGGUGGGGGACCACCUCGAGUCAGCCGCUCGCUGAAGGCCCAACCUACCAUGCCCCCCCCCCCCCCCCCGCCCCACCUUUUCCGGAGUUCUCACAGCCUCCACCACAAAUCAAGGGGCAUGGGGGCGACACACAAGCUACACAUCACCUGUGCCAUCCGAGGGCCUCCAUAGGUUACCCCUGUGCCCCCCCCCCACCCCUUGCUACUGUAAGACUGCUCACAAAUGUGAUCAUCGGUUCGUCGCCGCCCAUAUCUCCUGGCCCUGCCGUGUAGCUGCCUCCUGUUCAUCUGUGUAUUUCCCACGCUCUCUAGCCAACAGACAGUAUAUAUGGGACAAGCAGUGAAUAAAAAUUGAUAGUUUUUUUUUUUUUUGGAUGAUUGGCUUGCAUGGGGUUCCUCCUUAUUUUGCGCCAAAAAUGUCAUAUUUUUGGAGGAUGGCAGGGCUUUCAAGUUCCGGAGGAGGGUUUUCUUUUUAUUAUCCUCCCCCCUCAAUGAAUAGCUUUUAGAUUUUUUUUUCUUUUAAAUUGCGUUAAGGUGGAGGUGUGUGUCUAUCUGUGUGUGCUGUUGACUGCCAGGAGACUGCCCAGUUUUAAUGUGACAGUUCUGGACUGAGCCAGUAGAGUUUGGCAGCACGAAACCUGCCCACAGACGGAAGCGUUCUGGGAUACUGCAGACGGCGCUUACCUGCUCUCUGUUUGGACAGAUUCGGCACAGAUGAGGUGUAUGCUGGCUGUAAAACGAAGCGGUCUGGAAGGAAAGGCUUGGCACAGUGAUCAUUGGCUCUGGGAACAUCAGGUGUGAUGAGGGGGUAGGGUUUCCUCCAGUGUUGUGGGGGUGGGGGCACUUUUUCCCUCAGCCUUUCGACUGCAGGUAAUUUUUUUUUUUUUUUUUUUUUUUCCUUGUUAGCUGUGUUUCUAAAUGUCAGAUGGAUUUUCAUCUUCAUUUUUUUUUCUUUGUGCUUGACUCUUUACUGAGUGACUUUAUUUUUUUUUCCCCCUGAAAUCUAACCUCUGGAAUCAUGAGCAGGCAGAGGUUGUUGGUGUUGGACUUCCCAGAGAUCAGCCAUUUUCUCCAUUAAUGGCAUACGGAAAUCGUACAUGAUUAUCUUUGCAGAAUGUCAUCAAUACAGUUUGCUGGGCGGCGGGGGGGGGGGGAACAAAUCAAGUGGAUAUGUACUCUUAUUUCUGAUUGCUAACAGAAUCAUUGCACACUUUUUUUUUUUUUUUCUUCAUAUGAAAGUAACUCUGGCCAUAGCCUUAUUUAUUUCUUACUAAUGAUUGGGAGAUUAGAUGUUCCCAUGUUGCCUUUAAGCUACUUUUUUUUUUUUUUUUUUUUUUUUUUGAAAAAAAAACCUUCUGCCUGUCAAUGUCCUGUUUUACUGCUAAAUAGGGUUUGCGAAGGGGUCACACGCUAUGAUGUGGAACAUUUAGAAAACUGCCGGCUGCUCUGGUUUGAGCAGUUUCGUAGUCCUUCCUGAGAGAUCCUACUUGUCUUUAACCAUCAGCGAGCAAACACCUUGACGACUUGGGACACAUUUCGGUUGAGUGGUAACAGGAUUCUGUAACCUUGGCAUGAAGCUCUGGGCUCUCCUGGAUCAGGGCUGGUUUCUCCAGUAGAAUACGGUGAUGCCAGAGCAUGUCUGUUCCUGCCUGCAUCUCGGAACUGCUCCUUCUGCUUUGGAUGACCAGUGUGCUGUACAGUAACAUUUUUGUAUGUCACAUCCUGUGUAGAAUGUGAACCUCCGCCCCCCCCCCCCCCCCCCCCCCCCCCAUGGUCACUGCUCUUAUCUAUUUGAUCGCUACCCCUCCCCUAUCCCUAUGACAUCUUAUGCUCAAUGAUCCUAAUGGGAAUUUGGAUGUACACAAUUCCUUUUGCAUUCCCAUGACGGUACUGGAAAUCUGUCCUUGUAAGCCUACCUGAGCAAUUGUAUCACUUGGGCCUCACCACCACUGAAGUGUAUAUUUGACUGUUACUUGGACUGGCCCCUCCUAAUCCAUGCUGUGCAAGCCUUACAUGGUGAUCUACAGGUUUUUUUUGGGGGGAGAUUUGGGCUUUUCUAUAUAAAGUGAAUUUGGGUGUGAUGAUACAUGCUCCAGUUGUACUUUGUGAAAUAACUGGAAUCUAUCAAUAAACAAUGGAAAGAUUGCCAGUGUACGCAAGUGCACAGAGGCAUUGUUUUGCUGAGUUGUAUGUGUGAAGGGUCCCGUUAUAUUUAGGGGAAAUAAUGUCUAGGGUUCUAUGAGAAUUUAAGGCUUGCAAAAGGGGGCUUCUUCAAACCGCAAAGGCGCCUGUGAUCCAGCGGAGCUGUGCUUUGGGAAGCAUUAACUGUCUGGUUUGCAUUAAUUGUAGCUUGUAAAGCUGCUUUAUAGCUAUGAAGUCUCUACCUGCUUCUAGGUGGGCAGGGAACGAAGGUCCCUCCUCCUGGGGGGGAGGGGUGCUUGAUGUACGUUCAUUCAGGAAGUCUUGUACUUGUUCUGUACCUAAUCAGUGGCACAAUACCAUUCAGGAGGCCCUUACCAAAAAAAAUACCCUCUGCACUCCAUCCAAAGGUGACGAAGACGUUUUGUCUUGCUGACCAGCUAGAAAGCAUUGAACCACCCCCCCCCCAGUUCUCCUGCCCACUCCCUCCUGGUCCUUUUGGUUUCCGGAUGCUGGCACACAGACUGAGUUUUCCUUCCCUGUUGCAUGUAAUGAUGGGUCUCUAGUCUCAUCCUACAUGCUCCUGUUCAAUAGGGAGGAGUGCAGAUUCUGUGGGCUGUGCCCCCUCCCACCCCAAGCUAUAACUGGGGGGUGUGUGUAAUUGUUCCAGAGGGGAGAGGACAACAUGACACCAGGAGCCAAAGUGGAAAAUCACUACUGACCAGUUUGCCCCCUCUACUCGUUGUACAGACAGCUUCCAAUUCCAUCGUCCUUCUACAAAUCAGUAGUUACUGUCUUUGUCCGUUUUAAAGUGAGACUUCCUCAAGUUAAAUUUGAAAUUAUUAUAAUGAAGAUGAUGAUGAUGAUGAUGAUGAUGAUGAACAGUUUUGUAAUUUUUUUUUUUUGUGUACAGUCAUGGAUGUGCUAUUCUUUGCUCUCCAAUUAUACCAUGUAUUACUGAGAUGUAACAGAUUAACAUUGUGCAUUUUUGUUUCUUAAACAUUUUUUGGUUUUGUUCUGUACAGAUAAUUGAACAAUUUAUUAAUAAAAAUGGUCUGCAGGUUUUCAUA